UUAGUGCAAUGUAAGCUCAAUCUAAGCGGUAUGGUAGUUAAAAGGCUUUCCGGAGAUAAGAUAUCCAGCAACCCACAACCGGAAUCAACCUGUCGGGGUGGAUAGAUUAAUUCGAAAAUGACUUAUGAAGGGCAACUUAAUGAACCUAAUGUUUGAAGUGAACAAGAUCAAAGGAUACUUACUGAUAAAGACAUUGAUUUCAUGUCAUAAAACCGUCUAACAUUGGCCGUCGGGAAACGAACCCGCCACUGGUGAUUUGCGGUCUCAUCAAGAUGGAUGCCACAACCAACAUAUUCACCCACAAAGAGACCAAUAACUGGUUCAAGGCUUACAUAGCCUUGAAUGUGACGAAGGAAGGACUGACUAACUUCGUAGUGAGCGAAUUAAAAAAUGUCCACUCAGCGAUAGGCAUAAGCUGCGGACAAUGUUCAAUUGCAAACCUCAUGCCGUGUCCUACCCAGGGCCUGUGUAAAAAGAGGAAACCAUAUACAUGCACUUUUCAUACGUCACAACUACCCAAGUCAUGCCAAACAUGUGACAAAGUGAAACAAAAUAUCAAAUCGCUGCAUAGAUUUAACUGGCCUUCGUGGCGAAACUCUAAAGCGGAAAGAUGGGUAACGGAUCCAUGGGAAAUUGGUAAAUGUUACCUCCCACCGGAUGGCUAUAGCGAAGUUUCUUCUGUCCAAGAAUCUGAUUUCAAUGGUGUGAUAAGCAUUUUGUUGAACUGCAAACAUUUCCAGACAUGUCUCUCCCCCGCAUGUCUAUCGCCGCCACCUCCUGAUAAGCAAUGCCCGUUGGAAAAGAUACGUCAAAUAGGCCGAGAUGUACGUCACACUGCCGACUGCAAGGUGACAGAUGCUGACCUGCAGGACUAUUUCAAGACACUGGCCACCCUUCUGGCUGAUCCAAUCUGCUUAUUACAUGAUACAUCAGCAAUAGACGCACACAGAAAACUCAGUGAUUUGCAGAAUGAUCAGCUUACACUUACCGGACUUGGCGAGCUGUUGAAAGAAGCCAAUCAGACACUAACACACGCGAAAGAGGUCGGAGAACGAUUAUCUGAAGAGGCUGCAAAGACCAUGACAGAUGGUCUGAAUACUUUAGAGGCUACAAUACAGGUUGGAGUGCUGCGCAUUCAAAGCGAGACAAUGGAUAGCAUAGUGCGCAUUAAACAAGCAGCGAAUGAAAAGGGACAAGACGAUUACGAACGAGGCGUAGCAGAUCUUCUCAGGCGAUUAAAGGACCACUAUCGUGACACAGUUAGCUUCGUACCUCUGUCUACAUUGGAUCUCAGUCGCGAUAAAAAAGUACAGGACAUCUAUGCCAGUCCAAAAAUACAUCGGAUAAAAAUAGAGAAUGAUGGGAGACGCACGAUACAGGAACAAGUAUUAACGUACAAAGAUUUCUUUUACAGAGAUCAUCAAUUAUCUAGACGUUCAUAUUUACAGGGCGAGCCGGGCAGUGGCAAAACGGCAUUUGUUGCUAAUUUAGUUAACGAUUGGUGUAACUUGAAUGCGCCCUCAAUGGGUUCUACCAAGGGACAAACUGCGUUCGUUGACGUUGAUACCCUUCAGAAAUUCAAGUUUAUUUUCUUCAUCUCGUUGCGCGAUUGUCGAAAUCAGACGUGUGUAACGCAGAUGAUAAAAACACAGCUUAUCGACAAAAUCUACGCGGACCACAAAUCGGAGGCUGCGUACAAUCUUGUCUUAACAAUAAUUACUAAUGCGACAUGUCUCGUCAUUCAAGACGGUCUGGAUGAGUGGUCUGAUGAAGAUGCUCUACCUUAUAUGGCAGGAAUUCCUCAGGACCAUUGCAUUGUACUGACAACUUCUCGACCAUGGAAACUCGCUGAUGAACGUAUCAGAAAUUCUCAAAUUGACAUUCUGUUAGAUCUUGAGGGCAUAAUUGAUCCUAAAGCAUUCAAGGAAAAGGUACUGCGUUGUCUACUUCAUGAAUCAAUUGAUCUUAAAGAAAAUGUGAAGCAAUUUGAAGACUUUCUUUGGAGUCACAACCUGCAGUCAAUAUCAGUUUCGCCUAUGCUCCUCACGCUUAUUAUCUGUACCUGGGUAGAAGGGAUAGCUGAGCGUCUGUCAGGAUCGUCACUGUGUGAACUUUACACAAUCCUUCUUGAAAGUCUAUGUAAAAAAGCAAACCCUUUCAUUAGUCAUUUUAACCAAUCGGAGCCGUUGCCGGUAAACUGCUUUUUUCGAUCGAAGUACAUUAAACCGAGUAUGCAACACAUAAAUGACAUUUCAAAAGCCGCUUUCUCAUUUUUGUUUUCAAACGAGAGAGAGAUGUCAAUAGUAUUUAAUGAAAUAAAAUUAUCGGAAUAUUUGUCUGACAAUACACAGGAGUUCGCACUCAAAUCUGGAUUAUUAUCUGUAAGAAAACGUACAAAUCGUAUCGAUAAUACAUGUUCGUUUGUGCACAAAAGUGUGCAGGAAUUCCUUGCGGCUUUUCAUAUCUCCGGAAAUGUAGACGUUAUAAAUGGAAUCAUUUCUGGAUACCUUAAACGCCAUCACAACUCCUAUUUAGAUAUAUCUCAAGUGUUUGUAUUCCUCUGUGGGAUGAACAUCGCGGCAGCGAAUAAACUAUCUAAACUGAUGAAUGAUCAGGAUAUUGCUCACGGACAUAAAGUCUUCACAUCAUUUGGUGAGGAUUAUUUCUACUUUUUAAAAUACUUUGAUGAAAGGCCUUUCCAGCGCUGUGUUGUUUCAGGCUAUAAGGAAGCUAAAGCCAACAAAAACACUCCGGUGCACCUGCAUCUGAGUCACUGUUAUAUCUUUGGUGAUAAUUCGGAAGAUAUUUAUCACAUCUGGGCGAUGAACGCUUCGCGUGCGCGAUUAUUAUCCGUACAUCCGUACGAACAUUUCCUCAAGCAUGUAACAAUACGUUCACAAGACGCGUCGUCUUCUCUUUGGAAUGGACUUAGAUCUGUUUUCACACGUGCACGUGAUAAUCCGUUUCCUUCUGCACGUGAAACUCAGGAAGAAGUCAAUUCGCCCGCUUCUUUUAACCUGUCAUUGUGCCAUCACCUGGAAGAGCUGAACCUCGACGAUAAGGUCACCGUGCAACCAAAUGCACUUGUGGGUCUGAAAAAUUUGAAAUGUCUGAGGUUAAACGAGGUUAAAUGUGAAGGACUGGACUUGUCACGGUUUCACAAGCUGGAACGGCUGAUCCUCAAUUGUAAUGUAACCCUGCAACCUAAUGCACUUGUGUGUCUGAAAAAUUUGAAAUACAUCGAUAUAUGUUAUUUCAAAAUUGAAGCACUUUGUCUUGACUUGUUCUCGUGUGUAAACCUUGAAGGACUGAGGCUGACCGGUAGUAUAAUCGCGCAACCAAGGGCACUGACCCAGCACAGUGUGCAGACUCAACUCCAGUACUGCCCUCGAUAAAAAGAAUUGAAUUGCACCGAGUUAAAUGUUCCACUACCUGGCUACGCAAUCUGUUGAGCACGCUGCUGACUCUCGAUCAUGAGGUGAAGUGUGUGCUG